CUCACAGGUGAUGCACUCGAGACUCAUUGUAUCAGUGAGCCAACUGCAAUGAAACCUGAUGACAAGCCAUUUCCAACGAUGUUCACCACCGACUUAGAAGAAGACAACGAGACCAGUCCGCCUGAUGGCCACCGCCCUGAAGUAGUAGUAGAUCUCUCCCGAAGAGAUCUACUGCACCAUGCUGGUCCUGGAGAAGGUCCUCUUGUUGACCUUCCGCCGACCCCCGGAAUCCUGGCCACUCCGGGUCACCAGAAUGCCAGUUGCCAUGCCAAUGAAACACCAGGUCCUGCUAGCACAAAAGCGGAACAAUCUCCUGCAGCCACAGAAGUCCAGAAGCCUGAAGCCUUCCUGCCCGGAAUGGUGGCAACUCCGGGAUACCAGAAUGCCACCCAUUACGCUGACCACACUGUUGGUGGCAGCUUGCCUGAACCGAAAGUAACCACUGCAUCCAUGGAGUUUGUGAAGCCGAAAUCAUCAAGCACCACUGCCCGUGGUGGUGAUGCCCCAGCCCUGCCACCCGGAAUUCUGGCAACUCCGGGAUACCAGAAUGCCAGCAAUGUUUCCAAGACAAGUGAUGGUCCUUUGCCUGGUGAGAUUACUCAAGAUGAUCUGAACAUGCCUAUGGACGGAUACCAAGAGCAUCACGCCCAUGAACAAGGUACUAGUCUGCCGACCCCCGGAAUGAUGGCAACUCCGGGACACCAUAAUGCCAUCCCUGGCGAAGUUGCACAGACCGACUUUCAGGCAUGUGACAUUGGUAGACACCGACUUGAUACACCAGCUUUAGGCAUUGCCAGGCCGUCCCAGAGCCCAUUACUGCUUCAAGCAGGUCACACCGAUGCUGAGCUGAAGCCAACCAACCACAAAAGACCAGCCCCGCCUGCCUGUGACCAGAUUGGAGGAGUCAUGGGGUUUGAAACCCGCAAGAAGCCACGUUGCAACUCACGUACUGAAGGUUCAGGUGCUGUGCCACUGCCACCAAAGGUUCACAUACAAGACUGGAACACUGCCCAGUCUCGCACCGGGGUCUCCAGCGCAGACCAUUCCUUAACAGAUACAACUCAAAACACUCAAAAAAUGGUCUUGGUAACAACUGAGGAUGCGCCCAAGAGGGACCACAUCACCGAGCAGGCCAAAGCAGAAGGCCCCUCAGACACACUCCAGGUGUGGGUCAUGCAUGAACACGCACAAAUCCCUGUUGCAGUGAAGGUACCACUUGGUACAACACCCGCUGACCUCCAGAAAGCAGAAGAUGCACUCGCUGGAGAACAAGAUGUUACAUGCCCCCGCACAUGGGUAAACACGCACAUGCAUGCUCAGGAUCCUCUGCAAGGUGACCAGUUCAUCCAGCUCUCCAAGUUUCGACCAGGACAGCCCUGCAAAUUCAUGAAAGCAGAAAACUCACUGCCAGCCAUUGUGUUGCCAUGCACUCGGCGUGAAGCCCUGUGGCAACAACAAGGUUGGGUUGCCUCUGAUGAGAUGGAAUUUUACCUUCAGGUCAUUGCCCAGCAAGGACUUGCGGAUGUCAUGCCAGUCACGUCAUUUUGUAAUGAUGGAGCCGCACAUGAGGAAGCCGCAGUGUGGCUCCAUGACAUUUUCUACUAUUUGGAGGACCACCAGACGUGUAUCACAGCAUGUAUCAUCCAUCACCACUGGGUUCCUGUCAUGCUCCGACGUGAAAAGACCAUCUUCCAUAUGCACACAACUCCAGAGGGAUCACCGUUGAUGCCCGCAGCCCAAGAACUGGUGAAUUGGCAGAACAUGACCCUGAGGGUAGUCCAAAUCCAGUUGCCCCAAGCUUUCGCAGCCGAUUGUGGAUUCCAGGCUUUUGCAUGGUUGUUUGCACUCACACUCGAAAUACCAAUCGAAGCCUUCCCAGCAGAAAAAGCCGAGGGAUGGAGAAUAUGUUUUGCUGCUCACCUUUUGCAUGAAGACAGACAUCAUGAUGUCAUCAGCCAGUUGUCCUUGGGGGGCGCCCAACAUGACAAGCAGUUGCAAGAUCAGGUUACCACCCUCCUCCUUGAUCAUGGAGUUUGGCCUGACCGAGCAAAUGAAAGAGCCCAACAGGUAUUGGCCAAGAUCAACCACAACACCUUGCGGACCAUUCUCGGUUCCAACAAAGCAUGGCCGGAACUCAAGGCAGCUGCAAAUCAUGUUUCGCCCAUACUCAAGUUGAUUAUGCCGGAUGAACUCCAAGCACAGAUUGAUGCUAGAGCACACAAGAAGCAAAAGUAUGGCAAGAAAAACGCCUCCAACCAGAGACAUGGUAGCACCAAAACCACCGAACCACCAGCCAUCAAUGCCGCUGAACUUCAGGUGCCCCAUGGAGUUUCUGCGCAACAGGAUGGUCACAUUCUCGGCCCUGUGCGGCCUCUGGACAUUGGACCGAAUUCCAAAGGCAUCGUUUUGGUUGACCAAGCUGACUCAUUGGCCCUGCGGAAGAUGCAAGCUCCUGUCACUCACCAAGGACUGGCCAUGAUUGUCUUGGCUACCAAAGCAAAUGCUGAUGCCCAUGACAUUGAUCCCACAAGGUUCCCGGCCAUUUGCGUCAAAACAGAGGAGCCUAUCAUUGUGUCAGGAUAUGUCUACCAGCUUGGUGCCUUAGAAGUCCGUAGACAUGAGCCAGCAGAAAAGUUAGCUGUCGAACAGAUUGCCACAGAAGCCGUGCGUUGCAUGGUCUUUCGAGACCAGGUCGGCCCACUUUGGGACACAAUGCAGAAGCAACCUGUCAAAACCAUUUUUGGCCAGGAACGCAUUUUGCAGGGAUCAGAAGAAACAAAGUCACCGAUCAUCGAUGUCUGGGACCGCCAAUGGCUGACAAAACGUUUUGAAAAGGCAAAGCCUGCCAAUACCGACAUGUUUGCUUUCACCUUCCGUAUGGCAUCAGACCGAUAUGAAGAGUUGCUAGCAGCCAGCAGCAACAACGGGAUCUACUAUGAGCCAAGAAGCCAGUGUGGCCGCAAACAAAAUGACACAGAUCAUGUGACUUGGCUGCCAGGCAUGAAUUUCCAAGAGGCGAAGUACGCCCAACAGACUGCACCACAGGCGACCAGCCUGUGCAGACAUGGAGACCGCUAUGGGCUACGAUCAGAUGCCAUGAACGCCCAGACAGUACACGACAAGUUUCGUCCAGAGACCCCCUUGCUCCUUGGGUCCAAGACCUUUUAUACCAUCGGACCGCUUCCAUUUUCCACCACAAAAGAAGGAGCAGCCAAGCUCCUAAGAGCCUGGAAAUGGGAUGCACGCCCCCUUCAACCGAAAGGGAGGACGCCAGACUCCAAUGGUAUCCAAUGGGCAAUUCAAGCGGUUGAAGACCCAGCUUUUUGGAUCUACUCCCUGCAGCAUGGUGAUGUUCUCAUUACCAAACAGCAGCAGACCAAGCCAACCGCGCCCACUGGACAGUUUGCGGUGAUUGCUAGCAAGAAAACCCUGGAGCACUUGGGAUCCCAAGACCCAUGGCUCCAGAAUGAUCCAUGGCAACGACCGCCUGCUGCGGUGCCCACAUCCAGUCAUAUGCCAGUGACUCAAUCAAGCCUGUCAACACCGCAAUUGGCCGCCCUCGAAGCAAGUCUGGAACGCAAAAUCAUGAACAGCCUUCAAGCAAAGAUGCCUGAUGGAGAUGCUUCCAUGGAGCCCAGCGCCCUUGAGGAUCGAGUACAACACCUGGAAAAGCAGCUCAGCCAAGUCCAGGUUUCGCAAACUGGCCUGGAAAACAGAGUAGGCCAAAUCCAGACUCAGAUCGAGCACCAAGGCAUCAUGUUUGGUCAAGCCCUUGACCAUAAACUUGCUGAACAGAUGGACAAGAUUGAAAGCUUGUUAACCAAGCGAUCUCGCUUGGAGUCCAAAGCCAAAGACCUUCAUGAUUUGCCCAAAGGUUUGUACACAGUUCAAGCAGACACACCGGAGUUGCAGUAUUGUCUGCUUUUCCAUGCAGACAGCUCCAGCACCAUUGGACAGCUGCAGAAUUUGACACCGGGCGUCGCGCCACCACAGCAGAAGUUCACUGGACUAAUGCCCAAGUUGCGCCGGUCAAACCCAACAGAAGAGGAGAUGUCCAAUCAACGUUGGGCACAUGCUCAUUACAGCACAGCCGUUGGACCAAACAAGUGCGCAGACUGCAGCACCUGUCACGUUGCCUUGGGGCCACGCCAGCACAGCCGAGGUUUUUGUCUGUGGUGGGCGGACACGCCCAAACAAUUCCUCGACACGCCAGAUGUCAUCCCUUUGCAGAUCCCAGAACUUGACCAAGCUCUGGCUAUCUUUACUGAGUUUCUUGCCCAUUACCGCCAGUUGGAAAGAAACCUGUCAAGCGCCAAACUUGACCAUGCACUCCAACGGAGGGCCCAGGACCCCAACCUUAUUUUUAAGGAUGUCCAGCGAGAACCAGCUGAACCGGUUCAAACCUUAAUUGUACAGCACACAGUUGAGGUGAACCAAAUCCAGCAAGUAGGAACUGACUCUAUCCUUGAGCUUGCCCAGCCCCUGCCGCAUGCAAUUGACAGCAUCACUAUCAAUGCAGUGCCAGUUCAGGUUAACAUUAACAGCCAGACAGAGCUAGUAGUGCCAAAUGCCUGCAUCAGCUUGGAUGCGUCAGUGGUAGCGGAAAAACUUGAAGGUGAUGCGGUUGCCAUUAUCCAAAAGUUCAAUGAAGAGUGGGCACCCAGAUGGCUCAAACCAGACCAUGAACAGCCUGACAAAUGGACCACCAUCACCAGUUUUAUGAAAGCAGCAGUUCCUUCACGCAAAAUCGAAUUUCCUGCUAUCACACUUGAAGAGUGGAGAAAGGAAACCAAGAGAAAGAAAAGAACAGCAGCAGUUGGCCCAGACGGAGUCUCCAGAGAAGACUUGCUCCGUGUUCCAGAUGCGGUCAUUCGAGACCUUUUAGCCAUGAUCGAAGCCAUUGAACAAGGAGCUGCCUGGCCAAGCCAGGCAGUCACAGGUAUGAUCGCAGCUUUAGCCAAGGUAAUUGAACAUGCACAUGCCACUGACUUGGAAGUUGCAGGUUGUGUCAUCGACAUCGUCAAAUGCUUCAAUGCACUGCCUAGACAGCCCCUGCUGGACAUAGCAGAACAUAUCGGCAUUCCCCCCUGCGUGUUAAAGCCCUGGGGCACUGCACUGACCAUGUUUCAACGCAGGUUCCAGGUCAGAGGUUGCACAGGUGAAGCCCUGCCUAGCAAUUGUAGUUUCCCUGAAGGUUGUGGCCUUUCCACCGUGGCCAUGGCUGUUUGUAACUUGACCAGUGAUGUAUGGAUGUACCACCGUAACCCUUCAAUUCAGUGUUGGAACUAUGUUGACAACAUCGAGACCCUGACUGACUCAGCACAUGAAGCUUGCGAAUCAGAAGAGUUGCUCACACAGUUCUGCGAAUUGAUGGACUUGGAAGUCGACGCUAGCAAAAGCUAUUGUUGGUCCAACACAGCUACAGGCCGCAAGACCAUCAGAGACUUUGCGCACAACAGCAAACUCUAUGCACGUGACCUUGGAGGACACAUGAGCUACGGGCGCCUUCGCACAAACAAAACCAUCACCCAGAAGAUGGAUUCCUUGCAGCAGUUUUGGCACAGAGCAGCGCGCAGCUGCGCUCCAGCAUCACAGAAACAAAGAGCCAUCCUGACGGCAGCCUGGCCCAACCUGUUUUAUGGCAUUAGCACUGUCACCAUAGGUAACUGCCACUAUGAACGGUUGCGCACUUUGGCAGCCAAAGCACUUGGAGCCACCCAGGCGGGAGUUAACCCCCUGCUGCAUUUGUCAUGUGUUUGCAAACCCAAAGUUGACCCCGAGUUCUACUGCCUUUUCCACACAGUCAUGUCGUUUCGUGAAUGCCAUGUGCAAGAACUGGCACAACAGACCAUCCAAGCCACCAUGGAAGGUCAUUGCACGAGCCAAGGACCAUGUUCCAGCCUGUUGCAGUGCUUGUUUAAGAUUGCGUGGUCAUGGGAACAUCAUGGACAGUGGAGAGACCAGAAUCAUGAUGCAGUAGACUUGGUUACAAUCCCAAAGCUGCAACUUGAAGAACGUUUGAGACAAGCAUGGCAAACUCGUGUCAUGGCCAUCCUUGAAGAUCUGAGAAAGACCAUGAAAGGAGCUAGUGAAGCAGACGUACAACUUACACAGGAAUGCUUGACCAGCCUUCCCAAUGACCACCAAGGGGUGAUGCGCUGCGCCCUUAAUGGGACACAGUUCACCAAUGACGCCCUGGCCAAUGCGAAUGUUGUCAUGGAUCCCACCUGUAAAUUUUGUGACCAGCGAGACAGCCCUUUCCACAGACACUGGCAGUGCAAGUUUUUUGAGGAUGUUAGGCAACAGUUUCCUGACCUUGCUUGCCUCAGGCAUACAGAGGCACUAUGCCUACUGAACCAUGGCUGGCUGCCUAGCUCCCAGCAUUUACUGCCUUUCCAGCGGGAACUAGACAAGAUCCCAGAUACCACCAGAGAGUUUUUCCUUCCAACCGAAGUGCAGCCUAUGGUUUUUCAUGACCUCUUCCUUGACGGCAGUUGCGUGACCCCUAACGACUGCUACCUGCGGGUCGCCACAUGGGGUGUAGUAGUUUGGACAGUUGAGGGUUAUGAACCAUUGGCCAAUGGCGGAGUUCCCGGGAGGCCUCACAUUUCCCAGGUCUUUAAGGUCCAAGCGCACACGGACCCACAAGCACAAGAGACACCGCUGGAUACGUGGGCCACCCUAGGUAACCAAGCUGCAGAUUUUUGCGCCGCAGCUGCCCGUGCGAAUUUACCUGCCGCUUUGUGGUUGACAAGGGAAGCCCUGACGACUGAUUUGCUCAGAUGGCGGAAGCUGGGACGUCAGCUCCACAGUAUGUUUGUUGCUAUCGCAGUGAAAGCGCAGCAAGCCAAAGCAAUGCCAGAAGCGAACAUGAUCCACCCUGUAGGUCCUGGACACCCAGAAGAACCAGAAGCAGACAGCGCCUUGCAGACACUAGCUAGCAUGUCGGUAGCAGACCUCCCAGCCAAAUACCAAAUCCCAGCAGCUGAACCGAUGCUGCGAUGGCUCAAACAUGUUUGCCCACCUGAGAAGCCUGCUCAAUGGGUCAGUUUUCACCA